GCUGGGGAAAAUAAAACAAAAAUAGUACUUCAGACCAAAGGAGGAUUAAUAGUUAACUGGUCAGUUGUCGGUUUUGUUAAUCUUAUAGGUAAAAUUGCCGAUUGUGUUUUUAUAAAUCGUUAAUGCGACGUUAGAUAAUCUGACUUUGGCGAUCAGAGCUAGCUAACGUUAUAACCUGUCCGGUCUUUGGAUAGUUAAUUUAACUCCCGGUUUAGACAAGGGCUUGUUGGGUUAGUCACUGCUGCCAUCAUGGCCAAGUGGGGAGAAGGGGAUCCACGCUGGAUUGUGGAGGAGAGAGCCGAUGCGACUAACGUCAACAACUGGCACUGGACGGAGCGGGACGCCACAAACUGGUCGUCGGAGAAGCUGAAGGAACUUCUGUUGGGUGUACAGGUUGAGGGGGAGGAAGGCAUCUGCGAGAUCACAGAGGUCGACACACUGGAGGGAGAGGCCUCCAUCAACAACCGCAAGGGGAAGCUCAUCUUCUUUUAUGAGUGGAACGUCAAAGCCACCUGGACAGGAACAACAAAGAAAGGAAUUAAAUACAAAGGAAGUGUGGAAGUGCCAAACCUCUCGGAUGAAAAUGACAUGGACGAUCUAGAUAUCGUUGUGUCACUUAGUAAAGAUGAGCCGGACACCCCUCUGUUGGGCCUCAUGAAGAAGGAGGGCAUGAAGAAAGUCCGUACUGUUCUGGGGAGCUACGUGGGUCACCUGAAAACAGAAUUCACACAGGGCAUGAUCCUGCCUACAGCCAACGGCUUGAAUAAGCAGCAGCAGCAGCAGCCAUCACAGUCCAAAGCCAAAGUAGACAAAACUCAGAUCGGCACUGCCGGCUCUGCACCCCAAACCAGCGUCAACACUGGGGUGAAGAUCCCUACCUGCAAAUUCAGCCUGAAGGACACCUUCCUCACCUCCCCAGAGGAGCUCUACAGAGUCUUCAUCAACCAGGAGAUGACGCAGGCCUUCACACAUGCUCCAGCCAUGGUUGACGGGGACAGGGGCGGCAAAUUUCGGCUGCUGGAUGGGAACGUCUGUGGGGAGUUCCAGGACCUGGUUCCUGACCAAAAAAUCAUCAUGAGGUGGAGGUACAAGACCUGGCCCUGUGAGCACUACGCGAAUGUCACCCUGAACUUCUUGGACCGGGGCAGCGAGACUGAGCUUCAGGUGGAGUGUAAAGGGGUGCCAGUCAGCGAGGAGGAGAGGACGAAGCAGGGCUGGGAGCGGUACUACUUUGAGGCGAUCAAACAGACUUUCGGUUACGGGGCGCGGCUCUACUGAAGUCGCUGCGGUGCUGCUGUCGACUCCUUCCUCACGCCUGACCUCUGAACUUUAAACUAUAAGACACAGGGAGAAAAAAAAAAUUGUCACCUGUCCGUUCGUGUGUCUCAAUGCUUUCAUUUUCGGCACAGUGAUUCUCCGAGCACUAGCUGUGUAGCAAGCAUGAUUGAACUGUGCCUUUAUCAGAUAGAUGACUGCGUUGUUGCAAGGGUUUCUGAGCCUGUGCUUGUUCUGUGUGCACAUGACCUAACACAUGAUGUAAAGAAAAGAGAGUAAAUUGAGAAAUGUCGAUAAAUCCAUUAUAUGCUAUCAUUCUGUUAAAAGUAUUUCAAGUGAGAAAUUAGGCUGGCUUUGUCAGUUUCUUUCUCAAAUGAAGUUGGCACAUGUUAAUAGUAAUAAAUACAAUUUUUAUGGGACUAUUUGCCUUUUGAAUGUCAUGUCUCAGAGCAGUUCAGUAUAAAUAUCUAGAAAAAUGGUCAUUUAAGUCUGGCAGCUAAUGCUCGCUCUGUUUGUUUGAUAUGCCAGACUUGUUUCCUGCUGUCAGUUGUCCUGACAAAAAUGUGUGUCCUACGUUAAAUCAUGUUCAUAUAAUUAGAUUUGCGCACCGAUACGGCCACUGCCUGUUAGAAUAGUAAGAGUAAAGUCUAAAAAGAAGUCAUGCAAUUAUCAGAGGAUAAAAUCUACCAGAAUUUGCUAAAAGGGAAAUAUUGGUGCUAGGAACGACUUCAGGAAUAGUGACAAAGCAAACAAUAUCCUUUUGUGGUUGACUAAGUACAGCUUUGCGUUAAGGCUAUACUAGUUUUGUUUGAUUUUAUGAAUACUUUGUUAGACCACAUGUAUGAUGUUUGUCUUGACCUUCUUUUAGAAAGAGGCAUUGCUCACUUUGAAAUGUUCAUAAUAUGUUUAUAGAAGCAGUGAAGCCAAGACUUACCUUUAACUAGCAGGGAAAAUCUCUAGCAAAAUUUUACAAAGAAUAAAAGGAAAGCAUAUGUUGUAAAGCAAAGAAAAUGUUCCCUUUUUAAGAUCCUUUCAAGGCUGUGGAGAAUCAAAGCAAAUGCUAGUGAACAUUUUACCUUUCAAGUUAUUUAUUUGAUAGCAACAGCUGAAAGGAACAACAUUGGAAUUACUAAACUUUUUAUUUUUGCUAAAGCAAUAAACAUUAAAGUAUCACCAAAAAAGUAAGAAGGUUUU